GCAGCUUUACACAGUAGUGAAAUUCGAGUUUCGGCGUCAAUGGACGAACUAAAGAAGGCAUUAAACGAAAAAGGUUUAAAAUUUUCGACGCUUCCAGAAAAGGGCCGCUGCCUUUUCGCAGCGCGUGAUUUCUCCCCAGGGGAAGUGAUAUUGAGUGAGAAUCCAUAUGUUUGUGUCCCAAACAAGAACAAGUGUGAGUGGUGCUUUUCAUUAACCAACCUGAAGAAAUGCUCUGGUUGCCGUGUUAUUUGGUAUUGUAGCAGCGAAUGUCAGAGGUCAGAUUGGAAGCUGCAUUCUGCAGAGUGCAGGGUGCUGUCGAAGGUCGACAAGCAAAGAGUGAAUUCGCUCACGCCAUCCUUACGAUUGAUGGUGAAGCUUUGUGUAAAGCGAAAGCUGGAAAUUGAGAAGGUUAUCCCUACAUCUGCUACAGAAAGUUACAAGUAUGUGGAAGCGUUGGUUUCUCAUAUGUCAGAUAUCAAUGAGAAACAGCUGCUGCUGUAUGCACAGAUGGCGAACCUUGUCAAUUUGAUACUCCCGUGUCCCGAUUUCGAGAUCAACGUCAAAGAGAUUGCAGAAAAUUUUUCUAAGCUAGCAUGCAAUGCACAUACUAUUAGUGACAGCGAAUUGAGGCCCCAUGGAACAGGGCUGUACCCUUUCAUUUCUAUCAUCAAUCACAGCUGUUUACCAAAUUCUGUUCUAGUAUUUGAGGGAAGACUUGCAGUUGUACGGGCCAUGCAGCAUAUACCAAAAGGUACUGAGGUAUUAAUCAGUUAUGUAGAUAUUGCUGGAAGCACUUUAACACGGCAGAAGGCUCUUAAAGAACAGUACUAUUUCAAUUGUGCUUGUUCUCGCUGCAUAAAAUUGGGACAAUCUGAUGAUAUUCGAGAAAGUGCAGUUCUGGAAGGUUAUAGGUGCAAGGAUAGUCAAUGUGAUGGAUUUCUGCUACGCGACUCUGAUGACAGAGGGUUCAUUUGCCAGCAAUGUGGACUUCUUCGGGAGAAAGAAGAAAUUACUAACAUCACUAUAAAAUUGAAAUCUAUGUCAGAAAAAGCCUCCACGUUGCUUUCUUCUGGUCAUAAGACUGAGGCAAUUGAGGCUUAUAAGAUGAUUGAAGGAUUGCAAUUACAGCUGUACCAGCCAUUAUCAAUCAGUCUUAUGCGAAAUCGGGAGACUCUCAUUAAGAUAAUUAUGGAGCUGCAGGAUUGGAGGGAAGCACUUUCAUAUUGCAGACUAACAAUUCCAGCAUAUGAGAGAGUCUAUCCAAGAUCUUACCCUCUGGUUGGACUACAAUAUUAUAUGUGUGGGAAAUUCGAAUGGUUGCUGGGAGAGACAGAAGCGGCAGUUAGAUCACUGACGAAAGCAUUGGACAUAUUGCGAGUGACUCAUGGAACAAAGAGUCCGUUCAUGGUGGAACUCGUGAAUAAGGUGGAGGAAGCUCGUGCAGAGGCUUUGUACAAGCUUCAUUCUCAAGUCGAAGACCAAUCCUCGACUCUCACUGCUAAUCCUCGAUUUGAAGAAUGGUAAUUUGACAGUCAUUGCAAGAUUGUGUUACUGCUGCUAAAAUGGUGUUCAUGUUAUGUAAGAGUUACCAAGUACUAUUAGAGUGCUCUACCAAAAAAUUAUCGGCACUUUUAUAGUGACUGAAACAGUCAACUUUUUGAUUAUACUACAUCAUUCCCUUUUUCCCUUA